GUGAAUCAUUGAUUCAAGCAGUUCAAAGAUAAGGAGUUUGUCGUCGUCAUUUAGUGUGAAUUCAUCGGUUGAACUUUCUGUCCUCUCAUUUGAGAAGAUGCCAAGCAAACGCACAAGAUCAUCACAGCUGGAGAGAGAUGGGCGAAGAUCCUAACAGUUAUCAGAGAAAUGGAAGAAAAACAACUUGAGCAUUUCAGUCAUGAGGAACACCCUCUGAUCCUGUGUGAGUUGCCGAAGGAAAACGAUGGCGGUAGCAUUGAUCAAAAGUCAGCAGUCUGUUAUGGGUGUCAGCAGCAAAUCUUGGAUCCUGCAGCAUACUGCUGCUUCCCCUGUGAUUUCUUUCUCCACAAAAGAUGUGCGGAGCUUCCUCGACAAAUUACACACCCGAUGCACUCCCAGCAUCCUUUAGUCCUCCUUAGGAAUCCAACUUAUUUCUCGGGUGCUUGUAUCUGUAGUGCGUGUGGCCAAGGUCCUUGGAAGUUUUUCACCUACCACUGCUCCUCCUGCGAAUUUGAUCUCGAUGUGUCGUGUGCUAUUUUGGAUCAGCAGGAAAUUAAGCUCGAUUGUCAUGACCACCCUCUUCGAGAGCAGAGACCAGGUGCUUUCUACUGUAAUGCUUGCCGUGAGGAUGUCAAGGAUUCAUCCUAUCUGUGUACUGUUUGUCCAUUUUGGAUCCACAAAAAAUGCGCACUGCUAUCAUCAAUUGUGAAGCACAAGGAUCAUGAUCACUCACUCCAUCUGGCUUAUUCUCUUCCAUCUGACUACCGCAGUUUUCCACAACAAUGCUUUGUUUGUUGGAAAAAGGUACAUCCGAGUCGUUGGGUCUAUUAUUGCGGUCCUUGCAGAUACUUCGUCCAUAUUACAUGCGUUGUGAUCUCUCAAGAGGAUGAAGGGCAGCUAAGUGAAGAUAUUGAAUAUCCUAUCUCAGGAGAACGAGAUCAAAAUGUGGUGAAACUACCAUCCAGUAAUGCGGCUCAAGAAUUGAUCGCCCGUUUUCUUCUCAAGGAUGAUGAGAUCAGUAGCAAUAAUGACCCAGGCAAAUCGAAUAUUCCAGAAGAGAUAUUUACGAAUUCACACGGGAAGCAUCCGCUUGUUCUUUCAGAGAAAGUACAGAACUUACAUGAUGAGAUAAAGGGUACUACUAGUGAUGAUGAUCAGGAAGCAGCAAAAGCAGUAUUAGUAUGUGACUGGUGCAUUGAACCUAUUUGCUCAUCUGAUGAUCUUCGCUACCAUGCUUGUGUCGAGUGUGGUUACUUUGUCCAUUUAACUUGUUCUAACCUCCCCCCUGAAUUGCACAUUCCAAAGCAUCCCCAGCACCCAUUCUACUUGAUGUAUAAUCCGAGAGAAGUUGGACUUUUUAAUUGCAAGGCAUGUCGCUUGUGGACCAAUGCUACCUAUUAUAAAUGCGAACCUUGUGGACUAAGUGUUUGUAUCAAGUGUGCGAGUGCUAGCAUGAUCACGAGUAGUGUCAAGCACGAUGGUCACAAGAAGCACCUCUUGAUUCAACUUCAAAGUUCAGAUCUCAUAAAUUGCACGGCGUGCGGCUAUAUAUAUAGAGGUGGUUUUGGGUUUGCCUGUGAGGAUUGCCAUUUCUAUGUGUGCUUUAACUGUGCUCUGCUGCCUCCUGCAACUACGCAGAGAUGGGACAAGCACCCACUUCUCCUGAUAUAUCCUCCGUAUUUCGAGCAUCCUGAGGAAUUUUACUGUGUGCUCUGCGAAACAGAAAUCAACCCAAAUUGUUGGAUGUAUCACUGCCGUGAAUGCGACUACUCAUUGCAUCCUGUGUGCGUUCCUCAAGUUAAUUUAUUCAGACGUGUGAAAUUUGGACGCUCCCUGAACGUGAAUAAUCAUUCUCAUCCUCUCACUCAUGUUCCCGAAGCAAAAUACAAAUCCUUUUGUGGGAGCUGUAGCGACAGGAGGUUGGAUUGGAAACCGGCUUUCGAAUGCGAAUCUUGCAGAUUUUAUCUCUGCCCAGAUUGUGCUUUCGAAAAGGAAUUGACUGAUGAUGAAGAAUAACACUUUCGUGUUUUUGUAACUGAUUUUCACUUAUAUAUUUAUGAAUUACUUGGAUGUUCAAAUAAAGUCAUUAGUCAACUUGCAGAUCA